AUGAGCGCCGUUAAGGAGGCUGCCCCUGCCCCCUCGGGCGUUGCCCUUUACUCCAAGUUCGCCCUUGCUGGUGCCCUCUGCUGCUCCAUCACCCACGGUGCCCUCACUCCCGUCGAUGUCGUCAAGACCCGUAUCCAGCUCGACCCUGUUACCUAUAACAAGGGCAUGAUCGGCGGUUUCCGCCAGGUCAUCAAGAACGAGGGUGCCGCCGCUCUCCUUACCGGUGCCGGUCCUACCUUUGCCGGUUACUUCCUCCAGGGUGCCUUCAAGUUCGGUGGUUAUGAGUUCUUCAAGAAGCAGCACAUCGACUUCCUCGGAACCGAGACCGCUUCCAAGUACCGCACUGGUGUUUACCUUGCCUCUGCCGCCGCCGCCGAAUUCAUCGCUGAUAUCGCUCUGUGCCCUCUUGAGGCUACCCGUAUCCGUCUCGUCUCUGAACCCACCUAUGCCAACGGUCUGAUCGGCGGUUUCUCCAAGAUGCUCAAGAACGAGGGUAUCGGUGCUUUCUAUGCUGGUUUCGGUCCCAUUCUCUUCAAGCAGAUCCCCUACACCAUGACCAAGUUCGUCGUCUUCGAAAAGGUUUCCGAGUCCAUCUUCCGCAUCUGGCCCAAACAGGAAAUGUCCGAUGGCCUCCAGACUGCUGCUAACCUCGGUUCCGGUUUGAUUGCUGGUUUCGCCUCUGCCAUUGUUUCUCAGCCCGCCGACACCAUGCUCUCCAAGAUCAACAAGACCAAGGGCCUUCCCGGUGAGGGCACCACCGCCCGCCUGAUCAAGAUCAGCAAGGAGCUCGGUGUUUCUGGUUCUUUCGCCGGUCUCCCCGCUCGUCUCUUCAUGGUCGGUACCCUCACUGCCUUCCAGUUCGCCAUCUACGGUGACUUGAAGAAGGCCCUCGGCGCCACCGGUGGUGUCGAGAUCGCCAAAUAA